UUUUACUAUGUAAUUCAUCCAUUUUACUUAUAGUCAAGAUGAGAAUCUCUCCUUAUGAAUUUACUUGCUUGUGAUGAUGUAUUUUACGUUGAUUUCACGAUGAUAUAUAUGUAAAUAAAUAUGGUUUCUCCUGUUGUCUUGGUGACUGGUUGUACUGAAGGUGGCAUUGGUAAUGAAUUAUGUAAACAGUUUUCUCUUCAAGGUUGUCAAGUCUUUGCUACUGCGCGUCGUAUAGAUAGUAUGAAAGGACUAGAAGAAUAUAAUUGUACCAAGUUGGCUUUGGAUGUGAAUAAUCUCGAUUCUGUUAAUGAUUGUGUCAAGCAAGUCUUGGAUCAAGCUGGUAGAAUUGAUAUUUUGGUGAAUAAUGCUGGGGCACCGGCCGUGGGAGCACUUUUGGAUAUAGAUUAUGAAGUAGCACAUCGAUGUAUAGAAACUAAUGUAUUUGGAGCUUUAUCUAUGUGUCGAGUGGUAGGACGACAAAUGGCUGAACAAGGAUCAGGCAAGAUUGUUAAUAUUGGAUCGAUUGUCGGAUAUGCUGGAACUCCAUGGGCCGGUGUUUAUGCCAUGUCAAAGGCAGCUGUUCACUCUAUGUCAGAUGUUUUACGAUUGGAACUGAAGCCUUUUGGUGUUAGUGUCAGUGUAGUUGCUCCAGGUGCUAUCACCUCCAACUUUGGUAAUGCUGCCACUAAAACUGUAUCGGUUCCGGAAGACUCACUUUACAAAUCGGUUGCCAAAUUCAUUUUUGCUCGAGCUAAUAUGUCACAAGGACCAUCAUCUACACCCACUGACGUCUUUGCCACCAAAGUAGUAUCAAAAAUUUUAGUUAGUCAACCUUCUAGUUAUAUCACUGUUGGAACCAAUUCUAUCACCUUUUUACUCUUUUAUUAUUUACCCUAUAUUAUUAAGGAUUAUUUCCUUUCUCGUACUCUUGGUAUCAAUCAAGUCAAACCUAUUGCUAAAUAGUUCUAUUUUAGUUACAGAGAAUAAAGGAAAAAUAAUAAUCUUUCUUUUUUGUUUUUUCUAUCGAAUCAUAUGAUGAUGGUGAGUGAGUCAUUUUUUUUUUUUUUU